AAGAAGCGUGGUUGUGUUGUCCUUGCCCAACGUAUAGAAAACGUUAGAGCAAAUUUAGGUUUUAUGAUGCUUAAUGUCGCAGAUUUUUGGAGUAAUUUUACAGGAAGUAUGUUUUAAGCGCAAGAAAUAUCCCAUAGAGUAUAAUUUACACUUGUGAGCGGUAUUUCUUGCUUAAAUUAAAGCAAAAUUUGCCAAUUCAAGAGCGCCAUUUUGGAUUUUCAAUUUCGGUUCAUAAAUUAUUUUUCAAUCAAUAAGUGCACAUACACACGUAGGAAUUGAAAGAUUGGCAUAACCUGGAGCAACACGAAGUUAGCAGACUAAUACACUAAAAAGAAAAACUGUUGAAGCUCUUAGCUAGUUGAAUUAGUUCCAGUUGCUUUAUUAAUGCAGGGAUUUGUGAUAAUGUCCGGUGCUAGUGAUCCAAGGGUCUUGCUAGAUGCAAUGAGCAGUAUGUUGGGUGAAAAUGGGGAUAUGAAGGGACCACAGGAGGUCUUGACUAUAAUAAGUUUGAUGAAAGAUGCCGAGAAAAUGCUCAGCAGAUUCACAUUCCUCAAUAUACUAAGAGCUACAUUCGAGACAGGAUCUGAAAAAAGAACUGCUUCAGAAACAAUUCACAAGUUUGUGAAAGAUGGAGGUUGUGCCAUAUUAAACAAAUGGUUACAGGAAGCCAUGACUGCACAAAAUAUACCUUUAAUAAUGGACAUUUUAGAGCUUCUGGAAGCAAUGCCCAUUACAAUCGAAGCCCUUAAACAGGGAAAUAUUGGUAAAUUAGUGAAACAACUUUCAAAACGAGAGGAAGAAAAUAUUAAAGAAUUAGCGAGUAGUAUACUUAGUAAAUGGAUGGUACUGGUUAAAGGAAGACCGAAGAAAAACAAAAAGUCUUCUGAUCAAAAUGAAGAACAAAGUAACCAAGCCGCGUCCAAGCGGUCCAGAGAGAAUUUUACCAAUAAAGAUAUGGUUGGCAAAUCUAGUUAUCCGCCUGAAAAGAAGAUUAAAACUCUCAAUGAAGCAAAAAACAGCGUCACUAGCCUAGCAAAACCACCACCUAAAGCAAAGGUCAUUCCUGCACUUCCAAAAUCAGUAGUGAUGGAAAGUUCUGGUUUUAUGAAUGCCCUAAUUCAACAACAAACAGCUCUUCCUGUAAAGAAAAAGAAGAAAGUAGCGACACCACCAUCACCCAAACAAGCAACGACUGGUCCACUUGAAGAGAUUUUGUUUAAUCAAACACAAACACACAAACAGGGGGAAGAGAAAGUGAAGGACGAAAAAAGUAACGAGAAUGAUAAAAAACAAAAUGAAACGGAAAAAAGUGAAAGCUCAUCAAAUAACUUGAAUACAGCACAAGAUGAAAAUGAUGAAAGCAAACCGUCUCCAGAAGCUUGCACUCUUGUUUCCCAGGAAGUAACCGAAGAUGUUGUAGCUAAUGUUGACUCUACAAAUAAGGCACCGUUGGAACAGGAAUUAAAAUCAGUUGAUUCAGAAGCUCCAACUCCCGAUGCAGUUCCUGUUGAAUCUGCAGAGAAAGAGAUGAAGGACGAAGUUAAGACGAGUGAAACUACUCGUAAAGGCAAAAAGAAGAAAAACAUCAAAUGGGAAAUUGACGAGAGACUUGUCAGGUAUCAUUACUACGAACCGGACGACGAAGAAAGAGUUGCCGUUCAACAUAUCAUCAACUUUCACGACGCCCAACAACAAGAGGCCAUGAGAGAAAGACAAAGAGUGGAACAAGCUAAACGUUUGAGUGAUGAUAAAAUGUUAGAGCAACUUCAGUGGUAUAGACCUCGAGCAUUGGAUGUUAACGAGCUAAUGGAACGAGGAAAGGAAAGUCAAGAGAAGUCGAGUCAGAAAGAAAGAGAGUCGAACAUACUUGCACAUAUAUUUUUUUCCAAGUCAAGUUUACCCAUAAGUCCUAGUGAACCUGAUCCUGAACCAAAAACUGCAAGCUCUGCAUCUUCUCAACCGCUGGUGAUUCCUCACGAUGAGAAAGGAACCGUGUAUCCACUAUCUAAAGGUCUCAUGGAACCUGAACCUGACGCGGACAAUGUUAUACCUACUACGGAGUCCGGAGCAGCGGCAAACGUAACUCUUCCACCGGCUUUAGCUGCUCUACUUGCUACGGCUAGUAAAGGUACUGCGGGCUCCAAUAAUGCUGAAGGUGCUGCAGCCUUGAGUAAUGUGGACGUUCAAACACUGCUGAAGAAACUUGUUGCAUCCCAAGAACCGGGAAAUCAAAAUCUCGGAGAAGUCACCGGACAGCGAUUUCCCUCGCCUCUGAUAAACCAAACUCUACGUGUUCCUGGUAGACUGGGGAUGCUUGGACAAGAUUUUUCACGUCAUGGUUUACCUGAUUUCCGGUCACGUGGUUUACUACCUACCCCUAAUCAGUCAUUUGAUCCCACGCGCUUUCUAGGAAUGAGAGGAAGAUUUCCUCUCGCUGGUGGACAUCGUUUGAGACAUCCUCUUCCUGGACAGAGAAUCACGGUACCAAUGGGUCGUGGGGCUGCACCUGGUCGCUUUCCAAUGCCAAAUAAAAAUCAAGAUUCUGUUGAUGAACACUUUACGAGCGAAGGUGAUAUACCUAAAGGACAAUUUCGUAGCAGGGGAACACGACUUCGAGGGCCACGCGUUCGCCCCCCCUGUAGACACUUCAGAACACCACGCGGAUGCUUGCGAGGAAAUAGUUGUCCAUUUUUACACGUACGUGGAACGGAGAAUGGCCCUCCUUCAUGACAGGAAUGUAAGAAACCUGAACCUCGAGGUAGGAUUCAGCUCGAUGAAUUCUUAUCACUCCAAGUCCAUUGACAAUUGAAAUAGAAUUAUCUCGUGUCGAAGAUUGUGGUGCUAUUAUUCCAAUUGUCACACAAUAUGUGGACCGUGGAACCUUAUGCAGAUAAGUGGCUAAAUGCUUCGAUAAGUUACCUUCAAAGCACCAUUUUUACGCGUGGAUAAUACAUAGAUAAAUGGCUUUCGUCAAGGAUGUCGUGGAACGGCAUUAACUUUCAGCGAACUUUCUAAAUUCUCUGCUGGUUUACAUACUUAGAGUAGAAUUAGAAUUUUUUAUAAAACACCAAA